AUGGGGGAAAUGUCCAGCGAGCGAAGACCGCGGCUUUGUGUCAUGACAAAGAGAGAGGACGGCUAUGGCUUUCACUUGCACGGAGAGAAAGGGAAAAGUGGACAAUACAUUCGUAAAGUCGAGGCUGGGUCCCCGGCAGAGGCGUCCGGACUGCGCGCAGGGGACAGAGUGGUCGCGGUGAACGGAACGAACGUGGAGAGAGAGACGCACCAUCAGGUGGUCCAGCGGAUCAAAGCCUUGGAGAACCAGACCAGGCUGCUUGUGGUGGACCAGGAAACACAUGAAUACCUGCGCAGCCUGCACCUCACAGCCACAGAGGAGAUGGCGGUUCUCGAAGCCGGACCUCAGUCAUCGUCCUCAUCUUCUACCCCUGCUCCAUCCCCUCGCCCCAGCACCCCCUCUGCCCCCUCCACACCCACCAAGAAGAGGGAAAACGGCUCCGUGGCCAAGCAGCCCGUCCAGAAGCCUACCAGGAGGUCGCCGUCAAAGGCUGCCAAGAAGGAGGCUCAGGCGCUGAUGGAAGCGGAGGCCCAGGCACAGAGAGCUCUGGCCCAGACCCCGGACCUGUGCCCUCGCCUGUGUCACAUGACCCGCGCCGACACGGGCUACGGCUUUAACCUGCACAGUGAUCGAUCCAGACCGGGACAGUACAUCCGCUCCCUGGACCCAGACUCGCCCGCGGAUCAGGCCGGGCUAAGACCACAAGACCGGAUCAUCGAGGUCAAUGGUGUACACAUUGAGGGCAUGCGGCAUGCAGACGUGGUGGCUUUUAUCAAAAGAGGAGGAGACGAGACGUGGCUGCUGGUGGUGGACUCAGAGACGGACGAACACUUUAAGACGAGAGGGAUUACACCCACAGUUAGUCACGUCAAAGACUAUGACGGCCCUCCUGUAUGCAACGGUCAGCUCAGUCCUCAGAUCAAUGGAGGCUCCAGCACACAGUCCAUCCGCUCCACACAGUCUGACCUCAGCAGUCAGGGCACCAGCACCCAGUUGGCGGAUGACGAGUGCAGCCAGCUGCUGGACCCUUUCUCUGAGAUGGGCUUACGGCUCAGUGCUACAGCGGCCGAAGAAAAAAUGAAGCUUCAUGCCAAAGAAAAGCGGAAAGCACCACAGAUGGACUGGAUGAAGAAAUAUGAGCUUUUCCGAAAUUUCUGA